UGGCUCAAAAGAAUUCUCACAUACCUUACAGGAACAGCAAACUCACUCUUCUUUUGCAAGAUUCCUUAGGUGGACAUGCAAAAACAUUGAUGUUUGCUCAUGUGAGUCCGGAAGCAGAUUCCUUUGGUGAAACAGUGAGUACUUUAAAGUUUGCUCAGAGGGUUUCCACUGUGGAACUGGGGGCAGCCCGUUUGAACAAAGAAAGCAGUGAGGUUAUGCAACUUAAAGAACAGGUUGAGAACCUUAAGAUUGCAUUGGCAACCAAGGACGCUCAGAGAAUGUUCCAAAGGAAUAGAGAGCCAUACACUCCAUCAGAGAAAACUCCAUUGCCCUCUCGGAGACUUAGCAUUGAGAACUGCCCCGAUAAAUCUGUGAGUCGAGAGGAUAAAAGUGGAGUUAAAUCACCACUUUUGUUACCUCGUUCCAGAAGAUUAAGUUUGGAAGGUCCAAAAUCUAUCAAGAAAGAUGGUCUACAGUAUGAGCCUGUAUCUAUGCAGAAAUAUCGCCCAAUGCAGGAUGUAGAGGCCGUGUCCAAACUAAAUGGCCAGUUCAGCAGUGGCAAUUCCAAGUCAGAGUUGCAUGCCAAAACCCCUCGAAGUCCUACAAGCAUUUCCUAUCAAACGAGAUUGAUAAAAUUAAAUGAUGGCAUGCAAGUUCAUCCUAUUAAACUGCCUCAAACACCUGAACCACCUGUUCGGGAUGGAAAUGAUGCACAUGCCUCUAAGGUGAUGGGUAGCACAAAUGGCAAAGGAUCCCAAAUAAGAAGAUCCUUGAGAACAAUUGGGAAACUGAUCAAUGGCCCUGAUAAGAGGAGCCAACAAGUUGAAGUGAAGUCACCCAUCAAGGGUACUGGCCAUAGAAAUAAUGUAAAAUCACCCAUCAGGGGCACUGGCUAUACAAAUAAUGUAAAAUCACCAAUUUCAGCUGUUGAGAAAACGAAGAGAAGACAAUCUCUAACAGGGAUUCAAGCACCACUGCCAAACAACUCACGUAGAUCUUCACUUGGAGGAAAGCCAGUAGCAGCAUACGACGACAAGGAGAGAAAUGCUAGAACUCCUCCUCCAAAUCCUCAUUCAGACACCAAGACUUCAAAACGGUGGCUGUAGAUCAGUGACAGUGCUGCUUCGACUUGAAGCAUACCAACUUUUCUGACAUAGUUUAGAACAAGCUCCACUUUGGUGGGAGAGUUUUGGUUUCAUGAUCAAGUUAACAUCACUGUAAAAAAUGUCUCCAAGUAUUUAAGUCUUUUUCCAAAGGGUCUUUCUUGUAAUUACAAAAAAUCAAGAAACUCAAAAAAUGAAAUCGAAAUUUUUUUAAGCUC